AUGGAGCAGUGUUACCUCCCAUACAUUCCUCGCCCUGAUGAUCAUGUUCUUGGAAUUGUGGUAGAUUCUAGAUCAGAUAAUUUUUGGGUAGACAUAAAAGGACCUCAAAUUGCACUUUUGCCGAAUCUUGUAUUCGAAGGAGGAACAAGAAGAAAUAUUCCCAAGUUUGAAGUGGGCACUUUGCUUUAUGUUCGUGUUGUCAAGACAAACACAGGAAUGAAUCCCGAUCUGUCCUGUACUGAUGCAAGUGGCAAAGCUGCAGCAUUUGGACCCUUGAGAGAUGGUUUCAUGUUUGAAACGUCAACUGGUCUUUCAAGAAUGUUGUUGAGUUCACCAACGUGCCCAGUCCUCGAAGCUCUAGGAAAGAAACUUUCAUUCGAGAUCGCCACUGGCUUAAACGGCAGAGUGUGGGUAAAUGCAGCUGCUCCUCGUUCAGUCAUUAUAGUGGCCAACGCGAUAAUGAACUCAAAAUCCUUAAGUGGGACUCAGAAGAGGAUCAUGGUUGAGAAAUUGCUUGCAAAAAUUUCAGACUAA